AACACUUUUAUAUGUUUUAUACCAAUAAUUGUCAUUAAAGUGUGAAUAUUUUUCAUAUUUUUCACUUAAUUCACCAAUCAAUGAGCAAUUAGCCUGCACCAUUUAUAGUAUUGUAUGUGUUCACACAUUUCUAUCCAAUGUAUUAGACAUUGAAUGGAUUCGUAUGCGUCUAAACCACAAGUGAUUACAAGUAAUAGUAAUACUGAUACUAAUAAUAAUCGUAAUAUUGUUGGCAAUAGUAUUGAUACUCAUAUCACAACAAAUAGUUAUUCAAUGCCUUCGACCACAACAACCAACGAAAGCUUUGCGAACAUCGGAGGUCUGACCCAAACGACGGCCACUUUGACGCCAACCACACUCAAGAACAUCGAGGAGUCCUUUAUGGAGAUUAUUCCUCCGCAGUCACGACCUCAUCCACAAGAGGCCCGCUUUGUGCCGCCUUUGGUCAACAUUCCGGCCAAUUAUGCGUCCAUUCAUUCAAACUAUAACCUAAACAAUGACUUAAACACCAGCAGUAAUAACAGCAACAGUAAUGCUAGUGAUCUGGACAUGGGAUCAGACUAUGAGUCCAAUGACGACAGCUCUUCACGAUCGGAGUCUCAAUGGAAUGCAUACGUCGACCGCAACAACUCUUCGGCCAAUAGUGGCAGCGAUUACAACAAACAGACAAAAGCGUCGCCAAAGGGUCGCGCAAAGAGUGGGCGGAAACCCAUGAGAAACGAUAAGGUUAAGGAUUAG